AAUGGUGCUAUGACCAUGAAACAGUUAACCAACUCCAUGGAUAUGAUGCGCCAAGCUUGCGCUCCCAAAUUCAACAUAGAAGAAGCGGAGCUUCACGGUUUGAGAAAAUCAAUUUUUCCUGCUGCUCCCGACAAAGAGCUUAAAUGUUAUACCAUGUGUAUAGCUCAAAUGGCCGGAACUAUGACGAAGAAAGGGGAAAUCAGCUUUUCCAAAACAAUGGCCCAAAUCGAAGCUAUAUUGCCACCGGAAAUGAAAUCAACGGCAAGGGAAGCAUUGAACCAUUGCAAAGACACCCAGCUUUCAUACAAGGAUCCAUGUGAUAAGGCAUACUUUUCUGCCAAGUGUGCUGCUGAUUUUACCCCCGACACGUUUAUGUUUCCAUAAAUAGCUGC